GACGUGGCAACACAUCACGUCAUCAAAGCACGCCUGCUGGUUGUUUCUCUCUGAACGAACAGACAUAGGAGGGGACUAAAAUGAUGGAAGAGAGUGGUAUAGAGACUACUCCGCCUGCCAGCCCGAUACCUUCCCUGAGCAUGGCAUCUCCAGUCAAUCUCCCUCCACCAACUAUCGGUCACAUGACCCCCUUAUCCCCUCCCGGCGCGUCCCCCGCCCCGGGCGUCCCACCGUACACAUCGGCCACCUUCAGCAGCCCCCUGGCGUCCAUGUCCUCCUCGGGCUACGCCUCCUCCCCCAUGUCCGCCGCCUCCCAGUCCUUCAGCGGCCCCUUCGCUCCCCUCUCUCCGCCCUCCGUCCCGUCCCUGGGUCCUCCGAGCGGCCCGCCGCCCGCCGCCGCCGCCGCCGUCCUGUCGGCCCCUCCCGUCGGCCCGCCCACGUCGACCUUCUCCAUGAGCGCGGGGUACGACAUCACGCGGGGCCACGGCGGGCGGACCCCCCAGACCCCGUUGAUGCCCACCUUCUCAAACCCGUCACCCAUGCCAGGAGUGGUCUCCAACCCCAUGAUGCAGCAGCCGCUGAUGUCGGGAGGCAUCGACGCAGGCUCGCCAAUCACCUUCCCCGAGGAGCCUGAAGACCCCAGGGUCACCGUGGAUACGGGCGCAGGCGGCGGCAUCUGGGGGUUCUUCAAGGGUGUGGCCGGUAACCCUAUGGUUAAGCAGGUACUUGACCGGACUAAACACUCAGUGGAGUCCAUGAUCACGACGCUAGAUCCUGGCAUGGCGCCCUAUAUCAGGUCUGGCGGGGACGUUGACAUCGUGGUGACCUCGGACAAGGAGGUGAAGGUCGAGGCGGUGCGGGAAGCCUUCCAGGAGGUGUUUGGGAUGGCUAUGGUCACGGGGGAACCGGGACAGUCCAACAUCGCCCCCCAGCCGGUGGGCUAUGCGGCUGGCGUAAAGGGGGCCCAGGAGCGCAUCGACAGCCUGCGACGGACGGGGGUCAUCCAUGAGAAGCAGCCGGUGGUGUCUGUGGAGAACUUCAUCGCUGAACUCUUCCCAGACAAAUGGUUCGACAUCGGCUGUUUGAUCCUCGAGGACCCCGGUCUCGGGGUUCGCUUGGAGAUGUUCACCCAGGCCACCCCUCUUGCCCUGGAAUACGUUCAGCAGGCCCAGUCGCUGACCCCGCCCGACUACAGCCUGCGCUGGUCGGGCCUGCUGGUGACGGUGGGGGAGGUGCUGGAGCGCAACAUGCCCAACGUCAGCCACACGGACUGGCACCAGGCCGUCACAGGUAUGUCCCGGAGACAGAUGAUCCAGAGCACGGCCCGGGCCCUGGCCGGCAUGUACAAACAGAAGCUCCCCGGCGGAGCUCACUGAAUCUCCCCACCACCACUUCCACCACCUCCACCAUCACCACCCCCCCCUCCUAAGACAUCCCAGUUAAUGGGAGGAGGAGGAGGAGGAGGAGGAGGAGGAGGAGGAGGGGUGGGGGGAGAAUGGUUUUGGACAGUUACCGUUUAUUGCCCAGUUUCUCUACUCUGUGUCCUUAUGAUGCAAAGCCAUAUGCACAUUUAUCGUAUUCUGUUUUUAUUGAUUUGACGUGUCGACAAAGUCAACGUAAUUACAAAUGAAUGCCAAAAUAUCUUUUUUUUCUUUUUUUGAGAUAAACGUGUUGUUCUGGAAUCUUUUUCAUAUGACUUCUUUUUCAUUGUUCGACCAAACCUCUUUGGUUGUGUGUCUGUUCAUUUUUCUCCACUUUUCUAUGUACUCUCCUCUGCUGCAGUCCUGUCUCCUGUCAAUAAAUGCCUUAUGUUUUCCCCA